AUGGUGACAUUUUCGGUCGGUGGAUGCGACGACGGAGAAGGACCUAGUAACCCGAACCAGAAGCGCCGAAGGGUAGACGACGGAGAAGAAGAAACAGCUUCUACAAGGGAAGAAGAAAAUCAACAACCCCGAGAAGGGUUUGAAAUGGAAAAUGCCCCAAUUGGAACCCUAGAAAACGACACAAGCGAAAGAACAUCUGGAUCCAACGUAGAUCAAACUAAGGAAUUGGGUAAGAACGUAUCUGCCAUCAUUUCCGACCCUGAUGUUCUCGAUUGCUUCAUUUGCUCUGAACCAUUGACAAUUCCUAUAUUCCAGUGUGAGAAUGGGCAUAUUGCUUGCUCUAAAUGUUGUGGGGAACUUAGGAACAAAUGUCCCAUGUGCUUAAUGCCCAUUGGGUACAAUCGUUGCCGUGCUGUGGAGAAGUUGUUGGAAUCGAUUAAAAUAUCAUGCCCGAAUGCAAAAUAUGGCUGCAAAGAUAUGUUUAGUUGCAACUUGAAAACUAGCCACGAGAAGGAAUGUGUAUACAUACCAUGUAAGUGUCCACAUAUAGGUUGCGACUUUCUUGCAUCAUCCAAAGAGUUAGCUCUCCACUUCAGCCAUAGACAUGUAGGCUUUGGAAUACAGUUUACAUAUGACAAAUUUAUAUCUGUCUCGUUAAAUACUCGCCAGAAAGAAAUUGUUCUUCUAGAUCAAAAUGAUGCAAGACUAUUUAUCGUUCACAAUAACCUUGUUGAUCUGGGAAAUAUGGUCCAUGUUAGUUGCCUUGGCCCGAAAUCGCUAAAAGAAAUUCAUUAUGAUGUAUUGGCUAGGUCUCUGGGGAGCACAUUAAUAUUGCAAUCUUCUAUGAAGACUAUUCAAGACAAAAAUGGCUGUGCUCCUACAACUAACUUUCUUUUGAUUCCUUCAGAUCAUUUUGGUUGUGGACAACUCAAAUUGGAUAUUCGUAUAAAGUCUCAACUAAACCACAGCUGA